GGAAAUUAUCUUACUCUUCACAAUGGAUUCUAGACAAUUAAAGUACCCGGGGUACAUGGUGUUCUGCACCAUCGUCGCCUGUAUCGGAUCGUUCAGUCAAGGUUGGACUAUUGGAAGUCCAAAUAUUCCUGGCGAUGCCACGCAUAACUGCGCCAAUGGAUACGCAUACGUCAAUAGUUCAUUCUUACCUGACUGUUUGCCAAUGAAUUCGCUACUAUGGGGUUUUUCUGUUUCUUCAUUUUGUAUUGGUGGUCUCCUCGCCUCAUUAUUUGGUAAUUACCCAUUAACCCGAAUGGGUCGCAAGAAGACUUUAGUAGUCAAUAAUAUUGGAUGGGUGGUUGGAGCCAUCCUCAUUGCAUUCUCUACGAAUCCCGCCAUGUUCACUAUUGGAAGAAUCUUCUGUGGUAUUUCUUGCGGUCUCGGAGCUCUUGCCACAACAACUUAUGUAGGAGAGAUUUCCACUAUUCAAGGCCGUGGUGCUAUGGGCAGUAUGAACCAGCUACUCGUUGUCAUUGGUAUUCUCUUGUCUAAUCUAAUUGGAUUACCAUUGGCCAAUGUCCCUCUCUGGCGUCUCAACUAUGCUUUGGUCGCUGUUCCUGCCAUUGUUCAAGCACUCUUAAUGUCCAUGUGUGUCGAAUCUCCUCGUUACCUUGUCUCACAGAACAGACUUCAAGAAGCCAAAAUUGUUCUUCAGAAAUUGAGACCUAAUGCUGAUGUUAGCCUUGAAUUUCAAGAAAUUGUCGCUGGUCAAAGAGGUGAACAAUAUUCUGAAGUCCCCACUGACUCAAAGGCAGGAAACAAUGAAUUGGCACCUUUGCAACAAGGUACUGAAAAGUCCAUUUCACAAGAAUUUGGAGCUGAGGAAUCUGCCGAAAUUGGUGUCAGUCCUCACGAAAAGUCUCAUGAAGCCAUGUCCAUUAUCCAACUCUUCAAACAUCGUGUUGUUCGCAUCAUCACCUUUACUGUCAUCUUCCUUCACUGCACUCAACAGCUGUCCGCUAUCAACGGUGUCAUGUACUAUUCCACCACUAUCUUCCUCAGCGCUUAUGAUGCCCAGACUUCCAUGUACAUGGCCAUUGGAACAUCAGGUCUCAAUUUGGUGUGCACUUUAAUUCAAGUUGCAUUAAUCGAUCGCGUCGGACGUCGUUUCCUAUUGAUUCUGUCUCAAGCUGGCGCUUGUCUUUUCUGUAUCACAUUGGUCAUUGGAGGUUACUUUGUCAUCAACGAGCUUCUCGUUGCUUCGGUUUUCUUAUUCGUUGCUUCCUUCGCUAUUGGUCUUGGUCCUAUCCCAUGGAUGAUUACAUCAGAAUUGUCCCCAACAUACGCUGCUUCCUCAAUGGGUGCCAUUGCCACUUGUGCCAAUUGGUCUAUGAACUUCCUCAUCGGUCUCGUUUUCCCUACUUUGAUGGAUUCCUUGAACUCAUUUGCUUUCAUCAUCUUUGGAUGCAUCCUUUUCGUAUCCACCAUCAUCACUAUUCUCUUUGUUCCAGAGACAAAGGGAAAGCCUAUCGAACAGGUUUUCGCAGAGUAUGAUAAAAAGUAUGGUGGUAGCAAGCAAUGAAAACCUUAACAACCACAAUACUACUACAGUAUCCUGUAUAGAUAGUUGUUUAUAUUUCUUUUCCAAUUUCGCUAUUAAAAUUAUUUACAUUUAAACAUAUCGCAUUGUUGGAAUUGAUGAAUUUGCAUGAAUCAUAGCGAUUGUUUGUUUGUAUGUUUGCAC